AUGUUUGGCCUACGCUUUUCUCUUCCACUCCUUUACCUCGCUGGCCGGGCGUUGGCAAUCACUGUCACAGACGGCGAUGAUGGCUCGAUUACAAUUGACACCGAAUCAACAGACGGUUUGUCCGCAACCAUCAGCAACACCUGUGACUUCACGUCCCUGGUGUACCGACGCGAGGAGUUCCAGUACCAAGGGGCGUUUAGCCACUUAGCUUCUGGCAUCGAUGCGGAUGAAGUCUCUUACAAGACUGUCGAUGACUAUGUCGUUGUGACCUGCAGUGCGCAGAGCGCUGAUCUCGACGUCAUCCAAUAUUACGUCUUCAUCGAUGGCCAUGAUCAAAUCUAUCUGGGUACAUACACGUACUCGGAACCUUCCUACGGGGAACUGCGCUUCAUCUUCCGUCUCAUUAGUGACCUUGAUCUAGCGUACCCGCAUGGGAAUGUCUCAGACACACGAAACGGAACAGUUAUUGAAGGCAAAGAUGUAUAUAUCGUUGGAAGCGAAACUCGAUCAAAGUACUAUUCAAAUGACCGUUUCAUCGACGAUCCGGUUCACUGCGCUUACCGAGCCUCUCCCGCAGUGCAUGCAUGCUUUGUCAAGCCCGUCCGAGCUUACGAUGCUUCAUCUGGGGGGCCAUUCGCGAGAGAUAUUAACCUCAACAUUGGCCCCGACUACCAUGGUGUCACCUUCUACAUGAAUCACGGUGAUACAGAAUACGAUCCGUACCGUCAGGGGUUCCACGGCCCUUACAUCUUCUCCUUCACGGGGAGCGGCAUUCCCAAAGUCAGCGACUUCGACACCACUUUCUUUAAGGACGUCGGCCUGGAAGGCUACGUUGGCGAGAGCGGCAGAGGUUUUGUCAAAGGUAUCGCCUCAGGUACCUCAGACGACUUCCCCACGAUACUGCAUUGGUAUAAUAAUGAGCAUCAGCAGUGGGUCUACGCAAACGAUAACGGGAGUUUUAAGUCCCCUGCUCUAGUCCCCGGUGAAUACACCCAGGCCUUGUACCAGGCUGAGCUACUAGCGGCAAACUUUACAGUUGUCGUCAAAGCGGGUACGACCGUGACUGAAAACAUCGCUGCCUCGAACCCCAUCAUCACAGAGGACCGGACGACCAUUUUCCAGAUCGGCAAGUACGACGGCCUGCCGACUGGCUUCUUGAACGCGGACAAACAGAAUCACAUGCACUUAUCUGACAAGCGAAUGGGUGACUGGGACACCCCGACCUUUGUUGUCGGCAAGUCUAAGGAUGUGGACUUCCCCAUGAUCCUUCUCAAAGACGUCAACGACGCGCGCGUCAUUGAGUUUAACCUCGAUGCCGCCCUCAAUGAAGCAACAACACUCAGAAUUGCUACGACCAUGGCCAUAUCUGGUGGGAGGCCAGGCGUUACCCUGAACGACUUUGAGGGCAAAAUUCCCUCCGGACCACCAGUGACGCCCUCGCGAGGACCAACCAAGGGCAAAACCCACGGCGACAUGAGUGUUUAUACCUACCCUAUCCCCUCCGGCACCCUAGUCAGAGGCAAGAAUACUCUCGUGAUAAAUGUUAUCUCUGGGAGCAGUACUGAAGGGUUCUUGUCUCCUAGUUUCAUCGUAGAUGCCAUUGAGCUCUUCUACUGA